AAUCCAGAGAUAACGCUCGGUCUUAACUAAGCCCGACUGACGGAGAGCGCGGCUAGUCUCCGCUUGGAAGUCGAUACGACGAGAUGGUGACGGAUCACAAACUGCUACCGCUGGCACUGCUACUGCUCGGCACUUUGCAAGCUGGACUAGAUGCGGCGCAAAUCAGCUUCGGCAGCUGCAGGCCCCAGGAGGGCGAGGAGACUGGCCAGUGCGUCCACAUAGCCAGCUGCCCCUACUUGGCCAAUAUCCUGCGAACGGCAGGGACCACGCCCGCCCAGCGUACUCUCCUCAAGAACAGCCAGUGUGGCCUCGACAACCGAAAGAAUAACCGUCCUGUCGUGGAAAGGAUUCUGGUCUGCUGUCCCCAAAGCAAACGUGCCGGCAACACCGCAAUUCAAGCUACUCCGGACGAUGAAGGACAGCUGCCGGGCAACGUUCUACCCGGAGAUGAUACCUGCGGGUUUUUGUUCGCCGAUCGUAUCAUUGGUGGGCAAAACACAAGUCUCUGGGAAUUCCCCUGGAUGGUGAUGCUGCAGUAUAAAAAACUUCAAUCGGACUUUCUUAGUUUCAACUGCGGAGGCUCCUUGAUCAACUCCCGCUACGUUCUGACCGCCGGACACUGCCUGGCCAGCCGGAAACUGGAUGAAUCGAAGUCCACUUUGCACAGCAUUCGUCUGGGGGAGUGGGAUACGCGAGUUAGUCCAGAUUGCGUCAAGCUGAAGAACGGCCAGAUGAUCUGCGCCCCCAUGCACAUAGACAUCGGAGUGGAGAAGACCAUUCUCCACGACAAGUAUGUGCCCAACUCGGUGGACCAAAGGAACGACAUUGCUCUGGUGCGCCUCAAGCAGAGUGUGACGUACAACGACUAUGUGCGACCCAUUUGCUUGCCCACCAGUGACCAGGUGCGUAGUAAUCUCUUCACAGGCUACUCCAUGGAUGCAGCCGGCUGGGGGCUGACGGAGAACAAUCUGCUCAGUCCCAUCAAGCUGAAGAUCAGUGUGGAUGUGUGGAACCUGACAAGCUGCCAGGAAAAGUACAGCAUUUUCAAGAUUCAGCUGAACGAGACCCAGAUGUGCGCCGGUGGCGAGCAUCGUGUGGACACCUGUGGGGGAGACUCUGGCGGACCGCUAAUGGUGACACUGAACUCCGGACCCAGGGAUAUCUAUUAUGCAGCUGGUGUCACCUCGUUCGGUCCCGAAUCAUGUGGCUUUAAGGGAUGGCCCGGAGUUUAUACGCGCACCGGGCCCUAUAUCGAUUGGAUACAGCAGAACUUGGAGGCAUAAUAAAUAAAAUUGCUAAUUUAUUCACA